AUGGUGAGACGAUGUGUGAUCUGUGGAAACGUGGAUGGUGACAAUAACAUUUCGCUGCACAGAAUUCCAACUGACGUGCGUCGUCUUCAGUGGGUGGAAUUCGUGGUGAACCAAGGUUCUCAUGUAAACCUAAACUCUGCGUUGUGUUCUAGGCAUUUUGUUCCUGGUCUUGACUACGUUGAAGGGGGUGCACUACGCCGUCGUCUGGUCCGCACAGCGGUGCCAUCUUUGGUAGUCGGACCAUACAGAGAACGAGAAGAUCAUUUGGAAAACGUCGAUGCCGGUGUACAAAUUCCGAGGGAUGAACUUUUGUUGGAAGAAAACAUUGAGGUAGUUGAAGUCAUGAUGGACAAUGACAACGUUGAGGCAGACGAAGUCGCGAUGGACGACGACAACGUUGAAAUAGUUAUCGUGAACGGAGACGAACAAGUAUCAGAUGAUGAUAACUUUGUUGGUGUUUUCGACCUUUCACCACUGUACGACAUUCAAGAGGUUGAAUAA